AUGGCGCCGCCCCACCAACCCGCCGACCCCGACGCCCCCACCCCCACAUCCUGCUCCACCCGGCCCGGCGCCGCCGACCCCGCGCUUAUGCACACCCAACUCCGCACGCGCCCGCCCCUCGUCGCCUCCGCCUCCGGCCUCAUCCUCAACUUCCCGGACAAGGGCCCCAUCAUCGACGCGACGGGUGGCGCGACAGCCGCCAUCAUCGGCCACGGCAACGCCGAAGUCGCUGCCGCCGUCGCGGCCCAGAUGGCCCAGCUGAGCUACUGCCACACGCUGGCGUACACCAACACUCCCGCCGAAGACCUCGCCAGCCAUCUCGUCGAUGCCGCGAACGCUGGACUCGGCAACCACGACGGGGGCGAAGGGGGCGGAGGAGGUGGAGGAAAAAGCAGCAGGUUCAGCAGAGCGUACCUCGUCGGGUCGGGCAGCGAGGCGGUCGAGUCGGCGAUGAAGUUGGCAAGGCAGUACUUCUGGGAGAGGGGCCAGACGGGGCGCACGCACUACAUCGCGCGGCGGCAGUCGUACCACGGCAACACGCUCGGCGCCAUGAGCCUGACGCACGCGCCGGGCCGCACCGCGCCGUACGGCGGCAUCGCGCUGCCGAACGUCAGCCACGUCAGCCCGUGCUAUGCGUACCAGUACCAGCAUCCAAACGAAACGGACGAGGCGUACGUCGCGCGGUUGGCGGGGGAGUUGGAUGAGGAGUUCCGCCGCGUGGGUGAGGGGAAGGUGGUUGCGUUUGUGGGGGAGACGGUGGCGGGGUCGAUUGCUGGGUGUGUGCCGCCGGUGAGGGGGUAUUGGAGGGCGGUCAAGGAGGUGUGCGAGAGGCAUGGGGCGUUGUUGGUUUUGGAUGAGGUUAUGUGUGGGAUGGGGAGGACGGGGGCGGUGUUCGCGUGGCAGGAGGAGGAGGGCGUUGUGCCGGAUAUUGUGGCUGUGGGGAAGGGGUUGGGGGGUGGGUAUAUCCCUAUUGCGGCGGUGUUGGCGCAGAGGAGGAUUAUGGAGGCGUUGGAGCAUGGGUCGGGGAGUGUGGUACAGUCGUACACGUUUCAGGCGCAUGCGGUGGCUAGUGCGGCGGCGUUGGCGGUGCAGCGGAUUGUGAAGAGAGAGGGCUUAGUGGAGAAUUCGAAGCGGAUGGGGGAGGUCUUGGAAAGGCUGUUGGUGGAGAGGUUGGGGGAGAAGAGGUUUGUGGGAAAUAUGAGGGGAAGGGGAUGCUUCUACGCUGUCGAGUUUGUGAAGGACAAGCAGACGAAAGAGAGCCUCGAUCCCGCACUCAAGUUUGCUUUCAAGAUUCAGGCGAAGGCGCUUGACAUGGGUGUGCAUCUCUACCCCAUGUCAGGUACUGUGGAUGGGAAGCGCGGAGAUCAUAUCCUGUUGGCCCCGGCUAUCACGGUCGACGAGGAAAUGCUGACGAAAAUCGUUGGUGUCUUCGAGGCUGCCUAUGAUGCCGUAGAAAAGGAGAUCACUAUCUAG